UGGUACUACUUAAGAAGAGCCCGCUGCUCCCGUCCCUUCAGCAGGAGGAAGCUGAGGCUGCUGUGGGCGGGGGUCGCUCGGUUCUUUCCUGCUCGGCUAUGUCGGACAAUCAGAGUUGGAAUUCCUCUGGUUCCGAAGACGACCCCGAGACAGAGCUCGGGCUGCCUGUUGAGCUCUGUGGGGUACUCAGCAAGUGGACCAAUUACAUUCACGGGUGGCAGGAUCGAUGGGUAGUUCUGAAAAGCAACACACUCAGUUAUUACAAGUCUGAAGAUGAAACGGAGUAUGGCUGUAGAGGCUCUAUCUGUCUGACCAAGGCUGUGAUUACACCUCAUGACUUUGAUGAAUGCAGGUUCGAUAUCAGUGUAAACGACAGUGUUUGGUACCUCCGAGCUCAGGACCCAGACCACAGACAACAGUGGGUAGAUGCAAUAGAACAACACAAGACUGAAUCUGGCUAUGCAUCAGAGUCAAGUUUACGACGCCAUGGCUCCAUGGUGUCUCUUGUUUCUGGAGCAAGUGGAUACUCUGCAACAUCCACCUCUUCAUUCAAGAAGGGCCAUAGCUUACUUGAGAAGCUUGCAGAAAUGGAAACCUUUAGAGACAUCUUGUGUAGACAAGUUGAUACUUUACAGAAAUACUUUGAUGCCUGUGCAGAUGCUGUUUCCAAAGAUGAACUCCAGAGGGAUAAAGUGGUAGAAGAUGAUGAAGAUGAUUUCCCUGCGAUGCGUUCUGAUGGGGAUUUUUUACAUAACAGUAACAGCAGUAAGGAAAAAUUGUUUCCAUAUGUGACACCCAAAGGAAUUAAUGGCAUAGACUUUAAAGGUGAAGCUAUAACUUUCAAGGCAACUACUGCUGGAAUCCUUGCUACACUCUCUCAUUGUAUUGAACUCAUGGUAAAACAUGAAGAAAGCUGGCAAAAAAGACUAGAUAAGGAAAUAGAGAAAAGGAGAAGAAUUGAAGAAGCAUACAAAAAUGCCAUGACAGAACUGAAGAAAAAGUCCCACUUCGGAGGGCCAGACUAUGAGGAGGGUCCUAAUAGUCUGAUUAAUGAAGAAGAAUUCUUUGAUGCUGUUGAAGCUGCUCUUGAUAGACAGGAUAAAAUGGAAGAACAGUCCCAAAGUGAAAAGGUCAGAUUAUACUGGCCAAUAUCCUUACCUCCCGGAGAUGCAUAUUCUGCUGUGGAGACUCAUAGAUUUGUCCAAAAGGUGGAAGAGAUGGUACAAAACCAUAUGACAUAUUCCUUGCAAGAUGUAGGAGGAGAUGCCAAUUGGCAGCUAGUGGUAGAAGAAGGAGAAAUGAAGGUGUACCGAAGAGAGGUGGAAGAGAAUGGAAUAGUAUUAGAUCCUUUGAAAGCAACGCAUGCCGUUAAAGGGGUAACAGGGCAUGAAGUUUGCCACUACUUCUGGAAUGUUGAUGUUCGUUAUGACUGGGAAACAACAAUUGAAAAUUUCCAUGUUGUGGAAAAUUUAGCUGAUAAUGCCAUCAUCAUUUACCAGAUGCAUAAGAGAGUGUGGCCGGCUUCUCAAAGGGAUGUGCUGUAUUUGUCUGCCAUCAGAAAAAUACCAGCAUUCAGUGAAAAUGAUCCUGAAACAUGGAUUGUUUGCAAUUUCUCUGUGGAACAUGACAGUGCUCCUAUGAACAAUCGUUGUGUCCGUGCCAAAAUAAAUAUUGCUAUGAUUUGUCAAACUUUAGUAAGCCCGCCAGAGGGGAACAAGGAAAUAAGCAGGGACAAUAUCCUAUGCAAGAUUACAUAUGUAGCUAAUGUGAUCAGAACAAGACUGGGUGAGCAUUCCACCUUGAAGUGACCGAUAAGUGCAUAAAUCACUCAAUGUUGGAACAAAGGAUCUAUAGUCUUUUUAUGGUUUCUAGGGUUUGUAUACUGAAGAAGCACUGCAUUACCAUGAGGCUGUAUAUUUAAUACUAGCUCUCUCCUAAAUUUUUUGCCGAGUCAGUGUGUAAUUAUCAAUAGAUGUUUUGAUAACAUGCAUAUGGCUAUUUUGAUUGCUUUAGAAGAGGAAGAAUGUGUACAGCUUUGAAUCACCAACAGGGGUUACUGCUUUAAUUUUAAACAACUUGCAGAAUUUCUCUGUCAACAUUCCUAAGAUACUAGUGCAGUUUUUGUGCGUGUCUAAAAAACACAAAAGACAAAUGCACAUAUAGCAUACUCUAUGUGCUUUAUGUGCACAAAAAUUUGUAGUAUUUUGGUGGGGAGGGACGGAGUUCAGUAAAGCCUAAGUGACUUAUUAACAGGUUUUGUUUUGCUUUGUUGUAAUCAGUUCAUUGCCAUUUGUUUCUAUAAUGAAUCGUCUUGUUACAUAAAAUGUCAGGUAAUAAUUGAGGGCUUUCAAUAUCCUUAUGACUUUGCCUUUUCUAUUGUCUUACUCUUAUCAAGAUCUUUGUCUCUGAAGGAAUAAGAGUGUGAAAAGCUUUAUUUUUUUCCCAGGUAUAUUUCUAUUGGAUUUUUUAGUUAUGCAAUAUGUGCUAAAGAAAUGUUGCUAUUAAACAUGAUCCAGAAAUUUCUAGGAAGAUUCUGUAUGAGAGGGCAAGACAGUACCUGAAAGCUACAAGUCAUCUGAUCGUUAUAAAUGUGGACUGCGUUCUUGCAUAUCUGGGGCUUUCCCAAAGCUGUGAGAAGGUAGACUAUAAUAUUUACUGAAGUAAUUUAGACUACAUAGGACAACAUUCCCAGCCUAGAAUGAGGAUGAGUACAUUAUUUUCAGAUCCUGCAUGUGUUUUUCUCAUCUUGAUAAAGCCAUGCUAUGAGGUUCAUGUAGAAAAUAAGUUGCACUGAUACUUGCCUCAAUCAGUUAUAAGGAUGUAUAGUUCAUAUUGGAAAGUUCUGUCUAUUUGCUAUGAUAAUUUAAAUGUCAGAUAUUUGCCUGCCUCUGAUUCUGGAUAGGCUCAUUAAGAGAAGUGUCUGGCAGACUAGUACUGAUUUUGAGGUCUUUUAUCCAUGUCCUGUAGCUGGAAACUCUUCAGAGACUGCUGGGUGUUUCACUGUCCUGUGUAUUUCAAGAAAAAAGUUCCAGAUUUAUUUUUUUCUCUCAAAAGAAAACUGAAAGUCUUGUUUGCUAUAGUAUGGUAGGUAACUGAAAAUAAAUAAAAAAUAGCAAUUUAAUAAAGAUUUGGUGAAUGAUUAAAUGUGAUCUGCACAGUGUUGGAAAAAAUACUUUAUCUGUUCAUUUUCUUCAUAGAGAUGAAAUCAUACAUAACACACAAUUAUACAUGCAUGCAGCUUUCAUGUUCCAUAACUUUUUCCUUUUUAUUUGCCUUUUUCAAAUGAUGUACAUGGAAUAUGCCUUAUUACAGAGUUAUUUUAUUAAUUUGAAUAUCUAGAAAAGUGCCUAUAUGUUAAUGCUACUAAGGCAAAUAAGAUAAAAAGCUGUAUGCUUACUAUAUCACUAGUGAACAUUUUAUAUAGCAAUGUUAAAAAAAAUAUCUCAAAUAUACUUCUUCAUUUUAAAAUCAACCAAACAGUGGUUAAUUCCACCAUAGCUACUGAUGGGAAUGUAAAGGGAAAAAAAGUCCAAAAUAUAAAGAGCUUAAUUCCAUUUUUGCCUUUUCUUGUAGUUGUUGAACACAGGCAACUAACUGCUCAUUAAUUUAAUUGGAUAACUUUAUUUUGCAAAGGUAUGGGAAGUUUACAAAGCAGUAUAUAAUUCUUAUAUCAUUAGUUGCAUUUGCACUAAAUAUGAUGUAUUUUUGCAAUUCUGUAAAUAAAAUUAAACUACAGAUACUAAUUGUAAAUAAUAUUUUGCUUUUAGAUAAAGGCACUGGUACUUCACUACAACUGGCCCUGCCCAAUCAGAGUUGUAAGUCUUCUUAAAGAAUACGGAAGGAGUUGCAAAAUUGAAAAAUAGGUAUUAAUUGACUGCUUUAAAAACAAAUUUUAAAAGGCAGCUAUCGGACUGUCAGAUUGUCCAUGUGCAAGUAGCCAUUACGUCUUUUCUUCUAGAAGGGAUCUUUCAUGUUUUUUUAAAGUUCCCCCUGUCUUUUGAGCCCAACCCUCUUUCCAGUCACUGCCACAUAUCUGUGCAUUCUGAGUUCUCUUCUUCCUGUUAAAGGAUCUGUAGUAUUUAUACAGCUGUGGUCUUUGCAGAAGCAGCCCAUGAUUCUAGAAUGGCUGUUUUCAUAAGCUGAACCAAUUUGAAGGGCUGAGAAGACAGUUUUCUGAUCCAUCACAUAUUGUUCUCUAAAUAUCUGUGUCUGUUUGGUGAAUUUGAAUGUUUCUGAACUAGAUGUGAAGGAAAUUACUUUGUAGAACUUGUAUUGGGAAUGAGGAUGAGAGAUGGUCAUUGUUAUCCUGUCUGAAAACCUGAACAUCUUAUUUUGACAAAUUUAUCUGUGAAAAAUUUGACACAUUUUGGAAAAAAAAUUACCUUUUACUUAAUUGGGCUGAGCUGGCUUAUGUGAAGUUGUGCAGAUUCUCUUUUAACUAAUCAGAUUGUCCAUCUGUAUUUUUUGUCAAGUUGUACAGAUUACGCUGUGUUUGAAUUGCCACCAUUCAUCUACAGAUUGAAAACAUGAAUCAUAUUUUUGAAUACCUUGAGUGUAUAGAGCAUAACUGUUUUGUUCUAUAAUACCUUUAUGUUCCUAAUGAUAAAUUUUUAAAACUUAAAAAGAAGUUGGUCCUACCAUGGUACAAUCACAAAUUUUGAACCAGUAUUUA